AUGUUUACUCAACUUCGGACAUUUUUCGUUUAUUAUUUUGACUACUAUAACCAGUUACCUGAAGUAGAACAUAUAGAGUUGUUAGUAUCGUUUAGCAUUCUCCGAAGUUAUAUCCUUCUUCAUUUCAGUUUCACAUAUAUUCGCAUAAUCGCCAUCGUACAGUUUGUGUUUUUCAUCGUGCCGUUUCCUCUGAAGAUCCUCACCGAGCACUAUCAACGCGGUCAGACGUGGAUUGCCGCCAACUUCUUGCCUGUUGUCAUCGGGCUCUUUCACUUUGCUAUUUCGUCACUAUGUCUUUGUGUUGCUUUCCGAUUGCAACUCUUGCUCAAUUACGUUAGGCGUUCAAGACGAUGGAAUUCGUUGGCCUGGGUGGCCUGGCGUAAGAUUUGCUGGAUUCUGCCCUUCGGUGUGAUCGUCAAUGUAUCGCUCUGCUUCGAGUACAAUCUUGACUACGAUUUUUGCGUGAUCGGGAAUCGUCCGCAUGCCAUCGGACGAGCAAGACUUUCUGAGACAGCCAGACAGGAUCACAUCAAGAUGGAAGUGAUUCGAUUCACACCGUCGCUUAUUUACUGGUUGGCAGUUUUUUGCUGUGUUGGUUUCUUUGUUUCCGUACGUUGUCUACUCCCGCAAAUCGGCUCACCGUACGCGGCGAAGCAUGCUCCGCUGUUCGCCAAUCUUCGCCCAAUGCUCCUAGCACUAAUGACCUCUCAGUCAAUCGUUCAUCAACCCAGCACGUUUUGUGCAGCAGGACAGUGCAGCAUCGAUGAUGCAACAAAGCAGCAAUUAGGCAUGAAUUUCACACCACAUUUCGCUCACAUCUCUUCCAUAUUCUUACGACCUGGCUUCAUUCGUAAACGCUCGAAAGUGCGCAAAGACUCAACGUUGCGAAAAGUCACAAAGCACAUAACUCCUGCUGUCGCCUACAGCAAACUUGAAAUGGAAAACUCUGAAAUUGACAACAGAAACUAUAAUGUACGCCCGUAA